UUACAAAGUCCUUUUCAAAGACCAUCAUUUACUCUUUUACAGGGCCCUUAUCGACUUUAAUCGUUCACCAGUGUCGCACAAAGAUCUAGGGAGAGAAAAGCAGUGUCACUCGACUCCAAAACUUAUUCUCUCGCAAUUCUUCUUCCUUCUGGCUCUCUCUCUCUUGCAAGAAAAGGUCCGCCAUUUUCACUCUCUCUCUCUCACUCAGAUUCUCCCUCUUUUCACCUGCAAAACCCUUCCUGUUGUUUCAUUUCUUCUCCGGUUCAGGAACCAAAUCGGGUCAAAUACGCUGCUGAAUUCUUAGGGUUUUGUCGGGGAGGAAGAAUCUUCAUCAGAAAUUCUAGAAGGAGAGAUUGUUGGAAUCACAUUUGCUCUUGCAAUUCACCGUUAAAUUUAGAUUCUCAUUAUCCGAGAGAUUAAUUCUCAAAUUCUCGGUUGAUAGUAUCUCAUCCCAAAUGGACAACUUCGAAGACGACACUCAAGUAUUUUCAGACCUAUGUAUUUCCGACAUGAAAUUGCCGAGUAUUAGUAAGUUUAGUUAUAUAUUGUUUCUUAGAUAUUAUAUAAAUAAAUUAAUAGUAAUAUUUUUUGCUUUUUUUAUAUUUAUAUACAAUACUUUUGGAAUGCCUUUUUCUGAGAAAAUAUCAUACGAUAUUUGAUUUUGGGCAAUGUUGAAUUGGACUUUCUCUCGCCACUGCCAACAACGACGAUGUGGACGACGAAGACGACGUGGAGGAAUGACUCUUUUACUCAUGGACAUUGUAAUACAGUGCAUCCGGUGAUUGAAUCAAAUUCUAUCUUUUACUAAUUAAUCUUUGUUUUACUGUUAAGACUUUUCAUGGAUGUGUAAUAUUUUAUAAAAUAUAUAUGCUAUUUUUAUCUAAUAUCUAAUCACAUUUAAGUUAUGUCUUAAAAUUACUUUUAUUUGUUAAGUUGUAAAUCUAGUUUUGGUGAGCAUUGAUCUUCGUUCCUGGUUUUGUAAAGUGUUUUAAAUGAGAUUCGACCUAUCUGGCAAGACUAGUCUAAUUGUAAUCCUAAAUUUUUUUAUUUUAAACUGAUUUGAUCUCUAACCUAUAAUUUUUGAAAAAAAAUGAUUUUAUUAGGUUAGAUGAGCCUAAAACACAUCAAAAUAACAUGCGAAAUAUAACUAUCGACUAACACAGUGCCUUGGCAAUGGGGCAAUCUUGCAUCUGUUUUAAAUUCUUACUGUUGGGGAAAUAGAAGGUAUUUAAAAGGAGAUUAGCUCCGGAAAUUUGGGUUUCAACGUAUCUUUCCAAUCAUCAAUCUUGCCCAUUUUUUCAAAUAUUGAUCUCUUCCUGAUUUAGCGCUCCUGAAUUUACUCUCUUCCUGAAUUAGCCAUGGAUCGAAAAAGGAAAGAGAGUGAUGGCAAAUCCCAUCCCAAAAAAUCCGGUAAAUUGAGAGCUGUGUUUCUCUCUGGAGUUUCUACGUUACAUCCGAAGAGAACAACACUUAUGAUGAAAACAAUGGCGUUACAAGCAAGUCUCAUCUCCAAAAUGUCACUGGAGAAGAAGAAAUAGCCUUAACAUAAAAAAAAACUAAACCAUGUAGCACAAAGUAAGCAUAAGAAACCCAUCAUAACCUGUAAUAUCUACCUUUGAUGCAGUAGAAUAAGAAUUUUUUUAAAAAUAUAACCCAAUAAGUGAACCAGAUUGGACCAGACAUAAUGUAAUGUCGCCUAUUGACCCCUAGUUUGGCUUCCUCUGUCUCUGUAGUGUCAGUGGACUUAGAACCUAUAGACUCUCUACUUGGUUGGUACACAACACUGAUGCCACAUGAAGAAUUCAGCUGAAACUCAUCAUUAAGUUCCCUACGUCGAUCACAAUGCUUAAAAUUCUAAAUUCCAAUCAACCAAUUCAACAGUGUAAAUUAAAACAACUCCAAACUACAAUAAAGAAAAGAAUGGCUCCUAAUCUCUCGGAUUAUUGAAGCCAACAUAUGCGGACCCUAUAGCUAAAAUUAAAUUUGACAAGGAAUUAUUUAAUAGAGUGUGACUCUAAGUUCUAUCAAGUAAUAACGGAGAUCAAAUUUCUCGUAAAAAUCCCUAAAAAUAAAUGGAAAUCGGCAACAUAUUAACGAAAAGAAAGGAGGAAAUUUGCGGUUUUAUAAGAACCAUAAAAUGUUAACUAAAAAAAAGAUAAAAAUCAGAAACCAUAAAGUUCUAUAAAACCGUUUCAUCGGGAAGGAUUAACAGGGUUAAUUGGGAAUUGGGAUUGACGAUGUCCAAUUGUUACGCUUCAGAAGUGCCACCGGACAGUAAAAGGAGGAAGAAGACGAAGGAGACGACUACGUCGUGGUCUAUGUUACCAGAUGAGAUAGCUCUGAUAUGCUUGGCUCACCUUUCGAGAUUCGACCACGCGGCCUUAUCUCUCGUCUCCAAGAUCCACCGCGCUAUGGUAGCUUCCUCUAGGCUCUUCAACUUGAGACAGGAGAUGGGUUGCACCGACGUGUCUAUGUACGUAUGCAUGAAAGUCUUUCCUAACCCAACUCCACGCUGGUUCAUCCUUACCCCUAAUCGACGGCUGAACCCAAUCCCCUCGAACCCUUAUCAGGUUCCGGAUUCAUCUUCUUUCGUUGUGGUGGAUGGGGGGAUCUUUGUCAUUGGUGGACUCAUCAACGGCAUUCCUACUUCUGAUGUCUCGUUCCUCGAUUGUUACUGUCACACAUGGCACCGCAUUAAGUCCAUGAAUAUGCCUCGAGCUUCCGCAUCGGCAUGCUUUGUAGACGGGAAGAUAUACGUUUUUGGAGGGUCCGAGCAUUGCGCUCAUGAGGAUACAUGGGCAGAGGUAUUUGAUCCAGAGACUCAAACUUGGGCCCCUUUCUUGUGUUUGCCCAAAGAUUGGGAUUUUGAGACACCAGAAUGUAAAAAUAUCUACCAAAGUGUGGUUAUAGAGGGGCAGAAGAUUUUCGGGCUGGAUGAGAAGCGUCCAAUCUUCUACUACUUGUCAAGCGAUCAGAUAGGAAACAGAAACGAUUGGUGUAUCAUUGAUAAACUAUUUUACCGUCGUGGUACUCGCGGAAAAAUCCUAUGGUGUCAGCCAGAUGAUUUGGAUUGGAAGGAAGUGAAAGGUUUGGAAGAGCUGCAACACUCUCUCUCUAGUUCGAGAAAUUUCUUUAAUAUCAACAAACUCUGCAGCAAUUCUGCCGGAAACAUUGUUAUCUUCUGGAUCGGGCAGAGUUUGGACCUUUGUUCUGCCGAGAUCUCCGUGGAGAGACGCAAUGGAGGCGAGAUUUGGGGUAAGAUUGAGUGGUCCGGUGUUGUUUUUGAAGUUGAUUCUUUAUUACACUCAUCAUAUGGCUUUAAGGUCUUAUUUUCUGCUUCUGUCUAUGUAUGAAAUUCCACUAUCUUCUCAUUCUUUUGUUAGCUAGUGUACUAAAAACAUAUUUUCACAUCAACAAGUUAUCAUUGUAGAAGUGAUUUCCGUCGACAAGUAUAUU